UUUAAUUUGUUAUUAAAUGUUUCAAUUAUGACCUCCAACAACAUAAUGUAGCUGGGUUUUUGCGCCAGUUAAUCGAGUCUGAUGCCACCAAUGAGUCGUAUAUUGUGAAAGAUUAGCGAUUAUGACAACGCCAAAGUUCCAUAUCAGCACCUCUCAAAUAAGAGUAUAAAAUCAAGUCAUUAAAAAUUAAUAAAAUCAGUGUCAAAUCAAGUGAGAGUGAGUGUUAAUAUCAAAAGCAAUAGCCAUUUGAAAAAAAUGGCAAUUUUCACGUCAAGCAUUUUCAUCGACAUAAUAACCAUAAUCACAACAGUGCUCGCCUUAACCAUCGCAUUUUUCAAAUGGAAAUUGACAUUUUGGGAAAAACUCGGUGUGCCAACUCUGAAUCCGGUUCUUUUCUUCGGAGAUGCGAAAAAUAUCUUAUUGGGAAAACGGCAAGUUGGUGUGGAAUUUAUCGACUACUACAAACAGUUCAAACCAAGAGGCCUAAAGCAUGGUGGUGUCUACCUUGGCCCUAGACCAUUCUGGGUCAUCACUGAUCCUGGUUUGAUAAAACACAUUUUACAAAUUGAUUUUCCCCAUUUUAUUAACCAUGGCACGUACGCUGAUGAAGAAAAUGAUCCACUGAGUGCACAUUUGUUCAGUUUGGAAGGUACUAAGUGGAAAAAUAUGCGAACGAAGAUGACACCGACUUUCACAUCCGGAAAAAUGAAAAUGAUGUUUCAAACCUUGGUCGACUGCACACCGGGUUUGAAGGACAUCAUGGACGAACACGCGAGUAAAAAAAAAGCCGUAAAUAUCAAAAAUAUUUUAGAGCGAUUUACAACCGACAUUAUCGGUUCUGUCGGCUUUGGAAUUGAGUGCAAUAGUCUCAAAGACCCAGAUUCCCUAUUCCCAAAAUACGGGAAAAAAGUCUUCGACUUAACCCCAGCCGAACAACUUAAACAAAGUCUUCUCUUUUUCCUACCCAACCCUGUGCUGAAAGCAAUGAAGUUUAGGAUAACUAACAAAGAUGUUGAAGAUUUUUUCAUGAAAACGGUCCGUGAAACGGUGCUUUACAGAGAAAAAAACAACAUCUAUCGCAAAGAUUUCAUGCAUUUGCUUCUCCAACUUAAAAAUAGAGGAACGGUGACCGACGAUGAGAAAAUAAUUGACCACAGUAACCAAAAACAAGAACCAGCUUUGACUAUGAACGAACUGACGGCCCAAGCGUUUGUAUUUUUUCUCGCCGGUUUUGAAACUUCAUCAACCACCAUGACUUUUGCUUUAUAUGAACUGGCAACCAACCCAGACAUUCAAGAAAAAUUAAGAAACGAAAUUUGUACAGUACUUGAAAAGCACAACAACGAAUUAACGUAUAAUGCAAUUGCGGAAAUGACGUACAUGGACCAAGUUCUGCAUGAAACUCUGAGAAAAUAUCCCCCGCUACCAAUUUUACAGAGACAGUGCAACAAGGAUUACAUCGUCCCGGAAACAAAUAUUCGCAUUCCGAAAGGCGUCGAUGUUGCUAUCACAAUUUUGGCGUUGCACCGAGAUCCGGAAUUUUACCCAAAUCCCGAAGUUUUCGAUCCUGAACGGUUUAAUGAAGAAAAUAAGAAUGCGAGAACGCCGUUCACGUGGCUUCCGUUUGGAGACGGGCCCAGAGUUUGUAUUGGAUUACGCUUCGGAAUGAUGCAAAGUAAAGUCGGUCUUACAGCUUUACUAAAGGACUACAGAGUCACUUUAAAUAAGAAGACCAAAGUUCCCUUGGAAAUGAGCAAAAACAGCUUCAUUAUAGCGGCAGAAGGCGGAAUUUGGUUGGACAUUGAAAAAAUUAAUACCUAAUUUAAAGUGUUUUGUUUGUCAAUAAAAGCGAGAACGUUAUGUUUAUCACAAAUUGACAA